GUUGGAAGAGAAAGCUUCGAGCUCUUUCCUUUGCUGUGCUUUGCUGGACCCAGUGAAUUUAUCCUCUCGUUCGAGAAUUUGGUCAUUCAAACCGAGUACCAUCACUGAUUUGGGUGUGCAAAGAUGCCAAAAACUGUCGAUGGAAUUGAGUCUGCAGCCGUGCAUGAUGCGAUUAAACUCCUUACGAAUAAUCUCGUCAACAUCAAAGACACGACCGGGAAAUUCCUCAUGACGAUACCCGAUGGACGAGUAAUCGACACCAAAGGCUGGAACGAGAACAAUUGGGAAUGGACACAUGGAGUUGGUCUCUAUGGACUUUACAAAUACUAUUCUCUGACAGGAGAUGUAUCAACUCUCAAAAUUGUGGAAGAUUGGUUUCGAGACCGGUUCGCAGCUGGUGGAACUACGAAGAAUAUCAAUACAAUGGCCCCAUUCUUGACGCUUGCAUACCUCUACGAAGAGACGAACAAUCAAACAUAUCUGCCAUGGCUAGAUUCGUGGGCUGAGUGGGCAAUGUACGAUUUGGAGAGAACGGAAUACGGAGGCAUGCAGCAUAUCACGUACCUGACACCGAACAUGCAGCAACUGUGGGACGAUACGCUUAUGAUGACGGUCUUACCACUUGCGAAAAUAGGCAAGGUGUUGGGGAGACCGCACUACGUGGAAGAAGCGAAGAGGCAAUUUUUGCUACAUAUCAAUUACCUUUUCGACCCUCAGACCGGACUAUGGUUCCAUGGGUGGACCUUUGAAGAUGGUAGACACAAUUUUGCAAGAGCGAGGUGGGCGAGAGGCAAUUCAUGGAUCACAAUCGUCAUUCCAGAAUUCAUCGAGCUACUUGAUCUACCAGAGCACGAUCCAAUCAGGAUACAUUUGAUUGAUACCUUGGAAGCACAAUGUCGAGCUUUGAAGAAAUACCAAGAUGCGUCGGGACUUUGGCGGACGUUGCUGGACCAUGAUGAUGAGGGGUCAUAUGUUGAAGCUUCUGCAACUGCUGGCUUUGCAUAUGGUAUUCUGAAGGCACAGCGGAAACGAUACAUUGGCAAGGAAUACGAAGAAGUGGCGUCGAAAGCAGUAAAAGCAGUCAUGGGGCAAAUAGAUUCUCAAGGCGAACUUCAAAAUACGAGUUUCGGGACAGGGAUGGGUGACAGUCUGCAGUUUUACAAAGAUAUUCCAAGAACGAGUAUGCCGUAUGGGCAAUCGAUGGCGAUUAUGGCCUUGGGGGAGUUUCUGAGAAGGUUUAUAUAG